AUGUCCUUAUCUAAAGAGCACCUGCCGGUGGCCUCUACCGCCGGCCGACAGCCGAAAUGCACCCGGUGCCGACACCAUGGGAUCAUCGUCCCGCAGAAAGGCCAUGUGAAGUCCUGUCCUUUCGUCACAUGUGAGUGCUGGAAGUGCUACCUUAUCACACAGAGGACCAGGAUCACGGCCGUCCAGAGAAAUCUGAAGAAAGUCCCGAAUAAAGAGCAGCCACCCAGUGCGGUGAAACGGCAGGCUGAGGGGACUUUUACCAACUCGGCCCCGGAAGGAGGCGCUCGCCCGUCGGGCACAUACGGACUAAUGUGUCCUCCGUCAGACGGGGCCCCGGAGCGAGCCGCCAGCACCGCCUGGAGCCCUCAUGACCCCCGGAGCAGAGCCGCCGCGGCGGGAGGGGAGGAGGUGUCCGGUGUGGACAGCUGGAAGGUGCUGUCCUUCGCUUCCAGUGCAGAAGGACCAUGUCCACCUUUUGAUGGUCCUUACUUCGGUGAGUUUGGUCAGACUCUGCCUAUGAGCCACUUCCCCUUCAGGAUGUCCGCUCCUUUCCCCGGCAGAUAUGCUCCAUAUCCAAACCUCCUGUUCAACAUGCCCUGGCCGCCCCCCAUGCCUGCUGGGCUUUACAACGAUGGCAUGCAGGGACCCCCCCUGAUGUACCCCUACCUCCCUCCGGGCGCUGUGCACUACCCCCCUCCAGCAGAGCCGGCUGCUGAUUGCAGACAGGUCUUCUUCACCCUUCAACCGCUGCCAGAGACCCUCCAGGAGGGGCUGAUGUCGAGGCAGCCCCCACAGCCUCCUCUGUCCAAACACACGGAGCAGGACGCUAUAGCACACACAGAGAGAUAGAAGGUGGACUUUUUUAUAAGUAUCAAGGAUUUUCCUCAUUGGUUAGCAACAGUCCUGUUCAGAUUGCUGCCAUGAAUGGCACACUGUUGGUUGUGAUAUAUUCAUAUUUAAACGUGCCAUUGUUGAAAAAUACUGAUGAAAGUCACCCUAUUUUGUAUUGCUUAUUUUAUAAUAAAGUAAAGGGGAUUUCAAGUUGGUUGGGUUACAUUUUUUCACAUCAUUUUGUCCUACUUUUUUCCAUGCAAGACAGCAAGGACUUGGAUCCUAAUGCAGUUCAGGAUUUAAUCCCAUAAUGGAGGGAACAAAGGCAUCGAAUUUUGACAUGCCCCUUCAACAUAUCCAGCGACAAAUGACUUAUCCUCAGCUAAAAUGUAGUCACAUUUAAAAGUCAUAUAAACACUGUUUUCUGUUAUUGUCCAGGUCUGGAAAUAUGAGUUGACUCUCCUUAAAUUUAUAUUGUAGUUUUUCUUUUCUUUUUAGUUUAGGACCCCUAAUCAUGAA